AGCCUGUGCAGGAGGCAUCCCCAUUAACUGCCACAACAAUUUGAACUUAACAGCAGAGCAAAACAGUUAAACGUUGUUACGCGGCGCGCCGUUCGACUUUGUUUAAAGAACGCGAAUAAACGAAUACAUGAACGAACGAAGAGCGACUGUCCGUUUAUCGUCGAGAGCAGAAUAAAUUGCUUUAGGUGCUUGCGUGUUGUGGCUAUAAAAAUAUUAAAUUAAAACGUAUUAUUACUAAAGAGUAAAUAUGUAAAAAUGAGUUUUAAAAUAUUUGAAGAAGUUUUUAAGGAAAAUAUGCAAUGAUAAUAUUUGCAAAACAAUAUUUUUAUGUGAAAGACAUUUAGUUUUAUAAGUGACAUCGAGCGACCGGGGCGUUUCAUAACGUGCAAAAAUUAAAAUUAAAUAAAAAAUAUAUAUAUGCAGCCUAAAUGGGAUUACACUGUUUAUUAAGCUAUUUGCUGAUAUCGAAUGGCGCUUUCAAAGUAAAUGAAAAAGUGAAAAAUACCAAUUCGGUAAGAGUGCGAAAAUGAGUAUCUUCGUAUUGUGGCAAUAAUGCAUUAACAAGUGAAAUCCAAGUAUGAAAGAAAUAUUAAAAGUGCUAAACAGAUUUAUAACCGGAGAAGGAAAGGAAAGAGCGAAUCACCAGAAACGUGUUAAAAAAAGCAGAGACAGUAGUCGGUGGCUACCUUAAAACUAAAUACAUACAUUUGUCAAGUUUUGUUAAGAAAAAACAAAUUUGAAUUGGAUCUGAUAAGUGAAGCAUCGUAAAAAUAAAACCAAACAGAACAAACCGUUAAGGGGUGAACUACAUCGCAGUAAAUUUUGUGGAACAUUUUCAAGAACACUUAACUUGGAGGUAGGAGAUUGGAAUAAAAUUGCAAUAAUGAACUCCACCAAAGAAAUCAAAAAUGGGACGAAAGCGCAAAAGAAAACCAUUAAGGCCAACAAGAAGCAGCAGCUGAAACAGCAGCAACAACAACAGCAAAACAAUGUAAAUAUACCAACUACAGCUACAAUGGCUGCCCCUCUUACCCCCGCCUAUUACAGUGUUAACAAGUUGACUGGAAAAACUAUUAAGAUGCCAACGAAUAGCAACAACAAUAAUAAUAACAAUAUCACACAAAACAACAAUAACGUAAACCAGAAGCUGCGAGAUUCUUCUGGUCGGCCAUUGAGUGCCACACCGUCCUCCAUGUCAUUGCCGGGCUACGACAGUGGUCAGAAAUUUGAACGUUCGAAUAGUUUUUCAUUGCGUGGCAAACUCUCUAAAUUGAUAAAUUCCAUUACGGGCAGUAAAGAAAAUCUGACGAGGGUGGACGACGAGAAUGCCACACCAUACAAGUUCACGCGCAGCCGCUCGAUGAUAUUGUUACGGCGCUCCAAUAGGCGUAGCUUAAUCGAACCGCAACUAGAACAGCUGUCCGAAGAGACCGAUCCUACCUCACCGUCAUCACCACGAAAAAACUCAAUGGAAGUGAGCGAUUUUUGCUCUGUGCCGUCGUCUGCGAAUAAGCCCAGUGUCAAGACUAUUCCGCUUACAAGUGGAACAACAGCAACGAUAACGCCUCAGCGGCAAACCGCUCAACCUCUCACUUCAACGCCAGUGGAAGAGAACAGUGAUGAUACGCCUUUGCGACGAAAGCCAUCAUCCGUAUCGUUGGCACCUGGCGAGGAAAAUGGUGUGCCAUUCAAUCCAAUAGCGAAUUUUCAGCGUCGACGCUCCAACACAUUACUUGCGUCUUUUAAGUCCACUAUUGCCACGAUAACCGGUGAGAAGAAAAAGGAGAAGCUCAAUCCAAAAUGGAGCGCUUCACUACAAUCUCUGCAGGCCAUUGAUAAUAUGGUGAGCUAUGAGAAUAUGUCCUUCAUCGACUACGACAAGUUCAAUGGCUAUGAAAAGCAGUUGGAACGACAACUUUCAGCGCUAAGUUUACGAACUGAUCAAAAUCCUCCUGUUAACUCAGUUAGCAGUGCUAUACCCGCCGUAAUCAACAACAGCCCGCUGACCGCUUCGGUGACUGUAGUACGUCGUCGCAAACCGAGUGUCGCGCGACAGUUGGCUGAUCGUUGCAGUCAUUCGCGUAGUAGUUUGAAUUUCGAUACCGACUAUGAGCACAAUUUAGAUAAACCGCGUAACGUGUAUCGCGAUAGUUUGGACUCCCGUAAACUGGAGCGAUUGAACGACUUUUCGCGCAACUCUUUCAUUUGGGACAAACAAAUUGUGGAUUGGCUGAAUUUGGAGGACGGGUGUCUGAGAAAGCAGCGCCCAGAGAAAAGCAACCGAUAUGCCAACGUAGACACAGUCGAUUCGGCAGCAGUUGUACAGGUAUGUUUUCUGCGCAAGAAUAAUCAAAGCAACAAACAUUUAUGAGAGACUUUUGAAAUGUAAAUUUCUAUACGCACCAACACACCUAUACACUCUUCUUCCGAAAGCGCCGUUUUACUUUCUGCCAAGUUGUAUAUGUAUUUGUGUGUUGAGUUCCAUUUGAUAUGUUCGUUCGCCUGAACGCCCGAUAAAUUAAAAGAAAAGUCGAGACUUUCUAUCUGUUAUGCAGUUAUUUAUGGGAAAACACAGCAAAUUCUUUUUAUUUCGAAAUGGAUGUAUCGACUUAAAAGUUAACCGAAAUAUUGAACAGAAUUUAAUCAAAGUUUUUAGAAGAACACAAAAUGCAACUUGAAUUGAUCGUGAUUGCAAAAAUAAAACAAAACUAUAAAAAAUUCUCGAAGCAAUUUAGUAUAAAUUAUUAUCUUUCAGCUUAACAAACUGGAAUAGAAAAACUUAGAAGUAAACACCGAUCAAAUAACUGCAAUAAAAA